AAGUGCAUUAACUGCAGUCAGCUGAUUUUGACAACAAUGAUAACAUUAAGAAGUUAGCUGUAUACAUUUUUCCGAAUCUCAUUCUUCUGUGUUAUCUUUAUUAAAAAAUGUUAAUCAUAAGUUUAUUUAAGUGUUUUUCUAGUCAUCUCUGAUAUUUGCAUAAUAUAUUUUAAAUACAAAAUGCAAAUGUAAAGGAUAAAUUUGCAAACCUAACCUAUAGGCAUAAUAUUUUUUUAACAUGUUUUGAUACUUUUAAUUCGUUUUUCUUUUUUGAAAUUUUAUCGAAACAUGGAAAUGGAAAUCGUUAAAGAGGAAUUAAAGAUACCAAGUGAAUAUCUAAAGUUAACAGAUGGAAGAAUUUGUGCAACCGUCCACAGAAGUUGGCUCACCAGUUUAUCAAGUUUGGGAUCUCUCAAUUUUAUAAAACACGAACGAUUUUCCGCUGAGGAAAUACCUUCUCUAGAAUUAUUAGGGACCAAUUGGCUACAAAUUUAUAUAAAGGUUUACGAAAAACAAAAUAAAAAUGCUAUUCCUCUACCGAGAGGUAGACCAUCCGGAAAUUCUAAGGUUCAUACUGACCUUACUUUCGCUCAAGUUUUGCACUAUGUAUCGGAUACGAAUUAUCGAAAUUUGUGGAAAGAAGCGUACAAAAAAUAUUACAGUCCUUGGACGAAUUUCGAUCAAAGAGAGCAAUUGAACAUAAAUUCAAAUACAACGGAUGCACAAGUUAUGCAAGAGAUAUUAACUCGAAUGUACGGUUGUACGAUAGUUCAAAUUGACAAAGGUAAAAUUGUGUCGAUAAAGCCCGGCUUGGAAACUCAAUCGCACUGUAAUUUAUUACCUGUGCUAUUUGCAAUUGAAACUUCUUCCGCCUUUUUGACGUUACAUGAGCAAACGGCACAAUAUUCUCUUCGCGAAUGUGUUACCUACAGUCCUGCAGCAUUAUCCACGUACUACGCAAAGCCUCUUUUUCUCGUUUAUCAGCUGCUUCGCUUUUCUAGAGAUCUGCACGACCUGGGCCUAGUCCUGGGUGAAAUCACGCUUAGCGACAUAUUGCUUAUGGAUAAUCUAACCAUUCAGGUUUUGCCAAAGUUGAGCGACAAUAUUUACCUGUGGCCCGAUUCUAGUCCGGUGAAUACAACAGUGACGAGGAGCAAAAGUUUUUCAAAGUACGAAUUGACCAAAGAUUGUAAAACAAAUUUCGGAGAAGCAGGAUCUUCCGACUUUGGUGCUAAUGAAAGUAUUGAAAAGCUCUGCGAACUUUGGAUUCACGGUGUUAUCAGUAAUUUCGAUUAUCUCACUUUUUUGAAUAAUUUAGCCGGAAGAAGGUAUGGCGAUCCUAGUUGUCAUCAUGUGAUGCCCUGGGUGACGGACUUUUCAUCGAGAUACGGAGGAAAUUGGAGGGAUUUGACAAAAUCCAAAUUUAGAUUAAAUAAGGGAGAUAGACAAUUGGAUCUGACUUUUGAUUCCGAGUCUUCGGAAGUUGGACAUCAUGUAUCCGAUGUUUUGUCCGAGAUUACUUAUUACGUUUAUCUUUCGAGAAGAUAUUCGAGAUCGGUUUUGUGUAAACAUGUAAGACCUCUUUGGGUUCCUGGAGAGUAUCCUGUUUCUAUACAAAGAAUGCAUGAUUGGAGUCCAGAUGAGUGUAUUCCGCAAUUUUUCAAAGAUCCAAAUGUCUUUAAAUCAAUUCAUGAGGAUUUACCAGAUUUAGGUAUUCCUGCUUGGGCAACAUCUCCCGAAGAUUUUGUGGAAAAACAUCGAGAAGCUCUGGAGAGUUUAUACGUUUCAGAAAGAUUACAUCACUGGAUUGAUUUGACUUUUGGAUACAAACUUUCCGGCUCAGCAGCAAUAAAGUCUAAAAAUGUUUGUUUACAAUUAGUAGAUAAUCACACAAGUUUAACGAAUUCUGGUGUUGUUCAAUUAUUCACGCAGCCUCAUCCUCAAAAAAUUGUUCCGUCUCCAUAUUGGAGUAAAACUCCGCCCAGACUGCAAGUCACAAAUCCAAAUGGAAAAACUGGUUCAAAAUCUUCUGGCGAGAAAGUGAGCGAAGAUGAGGAUCACAGUUCCGGAAUCGAAGAGGAAGAAAUCCAGGUUACGGCUUCAAACACCACGAGAUCUUCUCCUUUGGCACUGAGUCGUUUACUCAGUAGAUCUCGUGGAUCUUUACUUUCAACCGAAGACGCCUCUAAACUUGAUAAAAAUAUUCCUCAAACGAUAUUUUUGCCCAAAGAUUAUAAUCCUAUUUCUGCACUCAUUCAAGUCGAGACCAGACAUUCCUUUCUCAACAAAGUCAGUCAAAAAAUAUAUUCGCCAAAAAUGACGACUUCGGAUGGAAGUACAAAUUACAAACAGGUAGUUGCGUGUAGAAGAAUAAAAGAACAACAAAUUCUCGGUUGUCUAAUUGUCGAAAUAUUUAUGUCGGGAAAAUUCCGAGCAACAUGGAAUAUGGAGAAGAUUUCCUUUGAAAAUCGUCUAACAAUGUGUUUGAAUGCUGUGAAAUCAUCGCCAGAAUCAUUGCCGAGAUGUGUGAAAAAUACAGUGGCUCUGUUACUACAAGUAGAUGUUAUACCAAAGACUUACAAUACUGAUUGCAUUGAACUUAAUGCUCGACCUGAUUUCAGUGAGAAUUCAUUUCGCUAUCCAACUGUAACGCACAUGGGACUUCCGCCACCGUCCGCUCAUCAAUUUCUCCAGCCCGUUCUUUCCGGUGGUCUCUUUCCGUCAUCAAAAUAUUUCCAACAUCUCUUCAAUGUCGUUGAAAUGAUUCAAGAAUACAAUCUUCUAGUGAGAAAAUUGAAUUUCGUCACUUACAGAAGUGACGACAGUGAAUCAAUGAACAAAACGAGAAUUAGAUAUCUUUGUAAAAUAAGUGAAUGUAAAGUAAAGGCAUUGGCGAGGGAAUUAGAACGAUUGUUGACAAAUACGGGAAUUGCGGCGGAGGCGAAUUUGCAAUUGAUUGUCCCGCAUAUUAAGCAAAUUAUGGAGGAACCGUACAGUGCGGUUCUUGCUGCUUGGUACCUUUUCGAUCCCAUUACCAGAGCUUUGGGUCCCAAGGAAACAGCGGAAAUAUUUUUAAUUCCAAUAAUCAGGUUGUACGAAAAUGGAUCUGUUUUGGAUACUUUAAGUACGACUGACAUUCUUCCAACGGGAUUAUUAGCGAAGUUUAAAACAAUGCGCCUCUAUCAUCGAAGUUUUCUUUUGAAAUUGAUGGUCAGACUGGGACUUCGUAGAUUUUUAGAUAAUUUUAUUACACCUUUAGUAGAAGCUGUGGGAGGCUAUCGAGAUCAUUUAAUGGGAUCUUCUAUCUCCAAUAUUCACAGAUCAGGAAAUCUAAAAACAUGUGAUUUGAGCGGCAGUUGUGGAGAUGGAGACGCAAUUUUGUCUCCUUUAGAUGAAGAUUUAUCAGUGGAGUCUGAAACCAAUAUAAUUGGCAGUUGUACCAGUGGAAGUCACAUGAGUAGUUCUGCAAAUGAUGAAGAAGUAUUUACAAUGGAUGCCGAAGAUCCUCUCUCACCGUCCGUCAGCAAUGUUUCCAAUUACAAUCCCGAUUUUACACUAGAACUCAAUUUGAAUCUCAAUGACGAUUUCAGCGAUGACACAAUAAAACGUUCUCCAUUGAGUACAGUUCAAUCGCCCACUAUUCCAAUACCAAAGCGAUUGGAUAACAGUGCAAGCAGAUCUGUGAUAGAUUUCAACAGCAUCAGCUGUAAUGUUGGCAGUAAAACUUCCAGUGAGGAUGUUCCACUUGGUAGUUCGUGUACAACGAGUAUUCCAGAGGAAGCUUUCGCCAGUAACACUCUUCCCGUGGAGUUUGAAAGUUGUCAAAAUUCAAGAACGCAAGAGGAAGUUGGGGAAAAAUUGCGAAACGACAAGGAGGAUGUGGAGCAAGUGGAGCACAGUCGACUUUUUCCUGUUGAGUGUACAGUUUCGGAGAUGAGCACGGAAUCUGUUAUUUGGUUAUCUCAUCGUUUGGGACCUGUUUUGACAGCUAGAUAUUUAUCGAGGAAUCUUUUGAGAAUGCUCACUCUUUGCUAUGCUGGGAGAGAGAAUCUCUCGCCGACAAUUGUGGAGGAUAGUGUCAGUGCUGAUGAUGGGGAUUGGACAACUGUUUCGGGUGAUGUGAAUGCUGCAAAAAUUUUAGAGUGUCUUUCUGCAAUCGUCGGAUUGUAUGGAGAACAGAUUGUGAUACUGCAAUAUUUUGCUCAUGCCGCUGAACUUUUACUCCUUUGCAAACGAAAGCUGACUCCGAAUUUUGAAGGUGGUUUAGUGUCGUGUCUUUCUCUCGUAAUAAGUAUCACGUCUUGCCUUAGCGAUUCAACACUGAUGGAUACACUCCAUGAAACUAUCGUGAAAUCUAUUUUGCAUCCUAGUAUAGGAAUUCUUUCGACGACAAGAUUCACUUUUCCGAAUGGAACUGUUGCUCGUGCGACGCUAGCUGAAAAAUAUUUGCAAACACUUUAUAUUUUGAUGUUACGCUUGGGUGUGACUAUGACAAAAACUCACUUGGCUGUUUCAAUUCAGAGAUUUUUCUUAACUUUUGAUAAAGUUUUUUACGUCGUCAAUAAUACGGCGAAGUAUAUCAGUCAAAUGUCAAUUAAUGAUGAUGAUAGAAGAAGUGAUAUUUUGCAUCAUGCCCAAUCUACGUUGGCGGAUUCUUUCUCUCCGCCGAUUUUGGAAGGAGAAGAGGGUUUUGAUCCACUAAGAAAUAAAGCAUUAGAAGAAUUGAAAAAUGUCUUCACUCCAGAUUUGGCGCACAAAGCUUACGUUCUAUUUUAUCGUUUCUUUGGGGAUGGAGUUCUAGAACAAAUACUCAAAAAUAAUCAACUAAUUCGAAUUCUUUGUCAAGAUUACGAACAGACUGCAAGAUUGACGUCGCCGGUUUCUGAAGAUACUUUAAACGACGUGUUUCUAAUUGAGAAUGAAGCAGCCGACAAUCAAGAACUUUUCGAAAGAGAAACUGGUUUUGGAAAUGUGGCAGUAAUUGGAAAUCGUAUCGAAGUGCAGAGAGAUAAUUUGUCACCUCCAUCACAAUCAAUUUCCGAAGGGGGAAAUUUAAUUAGAGAAUCAAGUUCCCUGUACCUUGGACGACAACUUCGGGGAAAUUGGCUUGCUUAUUGGGAACACGAAAUUGGAAGACCCGAUAAAGACACAACUUUAAAUAUAAAGCAAAUUAAACUUCAGAGUUUCAAUGGACACACGAGUAGUAUUCGAUCCGUUUACGUUUUGGACAAUGAAAACAGUUUUAUGAGUGGAUCUAGAGAUAAGACUGUUAAACUUUGGAGUUUAAGAAGUCAGGGAGAUGGGAGUACAAUAUCCUCUUGCCAGUACACUUACACAGGACACAAAAAAUCAAUUUUAGGUUUAAUAUUUCUAGAGUCUUUGCGAUACGCAAUCAGUUGUGAUGGGAAUAUUCACUGUUGGGAUCCUUUUAUGGGCUCGUUAUUAGGAUGCCCGGAAAGUCCGCGUCCUGCACCUGUUAAUACUCUAGCGGCAAAUCCUGCUCCUUCGACAACUGUCCUCGUAGCCACGACUGAAAUUACUUUAAGAGUCAUUGAUUGUCGAUCGUUUCAAUAUGUUAACGAAAUGAAAGUGUCGAUGAAUCCAGCGGGUUUGAUUCGAUGCAUCGCUGUUGCUCCAAGUGGACACUGGGUGGCUUUGGGCCAAGCUUCGGGUUACCUGACCAUUUUGGACAUUCGCACAGGGCACAUAAUUGCUUCCUGGAAGGGUCACGAUUGUGAAGUUUUGCAACUUCAAGUUCUGAAUGAAACAACAUUAAUCAGUUCUUCAUUGGAUCAAACAAUUGCUGUAUGGAGUGUAAUUGACGGAAAGCUCAAAUUCCAUAUGAAAGGCGUCACAGAACCGGUACACUGUCUGGACGUCUAUGAACAGCAGCUGGUCACAGGAACAACAGCGAAUCGUAUCGGCGUUCACUCAUCUAUAGACACAAAUGCCGCAUACUCGUCUUCUAAAUUAAGAUCAGACGCCUUUAAAGGUAUCAUGACAUCCUUGACUGUUCUACCUCUCAAUAGAUUAUUACUUUUGGGUGCCGACAACGGCAUUAUUACUCUACUUUGCUAAAACCAUUUUUCGCGACUCCUACUAGUGAAAAUAGACGAAAUUUUUUUUUCUUGCAUAAUUUUAGUCCCUACAGAAUUAGGUUUUUAAUAGAAUAAGUGUUUAUAAACAUUAAGUUUUUUUUAGUGUUUAUAAAAUAAUUGUAUAUAUAAAACAACAAGUAUAUGAAAGUAGUAGGUAAAAUUGUAAAUAUGAAAAAUGAACCAUGUGAAAGCAGAAAGAAAUGUAAAUUUUUUUCUCAGGAUUUUACGAAAAAGACUUAAAUUUUCAAUAUUGUAGAUAAUAAGAAAUUAGUGUAGAUCUUCAAAUUUGGAGAUUUUUUUACAUGUACAGUUUACGAGAGUAA